UGCGCAGUUUGUCACCACCUCGCCGGCGUAGGAAUGAUGGCGUCGUCGGCUGUUCGCUGCUCCACACGCUGGAUCACAGUUAUCGUUUCUUCUGGACGUCGUCAUGCCGGUGGCGCUAUUGUCUGCGCUGCCCGCGGAGAGGUCCGGACCUUUUCUAACCUUACAGUGGAAAAUUUGUGGCGUGGAGGGAACGUGGCACACGGCGGAGCCGGGAAAGCGUUGACAUUGAGAUGGCUGUCAGGUGUCAAAUCGUCCAGCGUUUGCUCCUCGUGGUCCUUUCACACAAGUACCCCUGCCAGCAGCAAACAAGACUACUACCAGAUCCUGGGAGUACCUCGCACAGCUUCCCAGAAAGAAAUAAAGAAAGCCUACUACCAGAUGGCCAAGAAGUAUCACCCAGACACAAACAAAGACGACCCACAAGCCAAGGAGAAAUCUCAGCUUGCUGAAGCUUAUGAGGUCCUGAGUGAUGAUUUGAAGAGAAAGCAGUAUGACACAUACGGUUCAGCGGGCUUUGAUGCUGGCCAAGCAGGCGGAGGGCAGCAGUACUGGAGCCGACAGACCAGCAGUGUGGACCCAGAGGAGCUUUUCCGCAAGAUCUUCGGGGAAUUCUCAGGGGGUCAUGGUUUUGGAGACUUUAACACCAUAUUUGAUCAGCCGCAAGAGUACAUCAUGGAGCUGACAUUCACUCAGGCAGCAAAGGGAGUGAACAAAGAGAUCUCCAUUAACACGGAAGCGAGCUGUCAAAGGUGUGACGGAAAGGGCUAUGAGCCAGGUACUAAGAUCCAGCACUGCAAUCACUGCAAUGGCUCCGGCAUGGAAACUAUAAACACGGGUCCGUUUGUGAUGCGCUCUACGUGCCGUCGCUGCGGCGGCAAAGGGAAAGUUAUUACCACCCCGUGUUAUUCCUGCCGUGGAACAGGCCAGAUGAAGCAGAAGAAGACUGUGAUGGUGCCUGUUCCUGCAGGUGUGGAGGAUGGUCAGACCGUGCGAAUGCCUGUUGGCAAGAAAGAAAUCUUCAUUACAUUCCGGGUCCAAAAGAGUCCUGUGUUCAGGAGAGACGGUGCCGACAUCCACUCUGACCUUCAUAUCUCUGUGGCUCAAGCCAUUCUAGGCGGCACAGCCAGAACACAGGGCCUUUAUGAAAACCUCAACUUAUCACUUCCUGCAGGUGUUCAGACAGACCAAAGGAUAUGUCUUACAGGAAAGGGAAUCGCUCGUGUCAGUGGCUAUGGCUACGGAGAUCACUAUGUUCACAUCAAAAUCAAGUCCCCAAAAGUUGUCUUCCUGUGCAGAAUGCUGACGGACAAACAGAGGGCUUUGCUGAUGAGCUACGCAGAGGACGAGACGGAUGUGGAGGGGACCGUGAACGGAGUCACAGUCACUGCCACAGGUGGAGGCAGCAGUGGUAAGCAGUCUGAGGCAGGGCAAUCUAGGAGUGACAAAAAGGAAGAAAGUGAAGGAGGAGGCUUUUUCUCCAAAUUAAAGACAUUAUUUAGUUCCUCCUGACAGCCACAAACAGGUAAAAGAUCUUGGAACUGAGGCACUUCAUCAGGUGGUCUGAGGGCAGAGAGAGAGGACACCUUUGUUCCUGACAAGUUUUAGUUCUUGGCUCAGGCCUGGGAUGGUUCUGGACUAUCUGGAUGAACCCGACCAGUCCUGGAGUUGGUGAUGAGCAGUGAGUAAGACUGAGGAUGACUCGUUCUUUUCCUCUGCCAACAUCAAUAUGCACCAGAAGAUGCAGUGUGCCAUUUGACACUCUGCAAAGACUCAGUUACUACAAAUCCAGCUGUGCAUGUUUGUUUUUCCUGAAUCGCCGUAUGAAAAUUAUCCUUGUGCACAGAUUUAAAUAUUAGCCAGUCUUACAGAUAGUCCAAAUUGACUGUUUUCUUCUGUCUGCUUCGAUGUGGCUCUUCUCACAAAUACUAAAAUUUAUCCCAAUGUUUUUCAUCAUUUUCAGUCUCAAAAUGUUAACCCUGCUUAUAUUUAAGCCGGGGUUUGUGCGGAACAGCCUGCUGUAGUCAGAUUGGACUCUGAUUUGUUGGCUAAACUGCUGCAAACCUAAUUUUGCUAAUUCUCUGUACUGAGAAUGUUGCUGUUUAUUGAACCGUACACAAGAGAAUUUAUUCAGUUACAGAAGGCUGUUCUGCAUCUGUAGUUACGCUGACACAGACAGUUGUGGAUUGUACAGUGUCUCAUCCCGAUGUACUGCACAUGUACAAUAAAGCUAUGAUCUGAAAAAUCUUG